CAGUAAAUAACAAAGCAAGGCACCCGCCUUCAUUCUUAAACCCUUUCUAAAGCCCUAGCCAGAAACAGAGACAACAAAACACAACACAACGCAAUCGGACUUGUUAGAGAUAUCCCAUUUUUUUUUUUUUUCUGUCUCACAGAAAACAAUUUCGUUAAAGAUGGGAGCGAAGAAGAAUUUCAAGGACGGCGAGAAGAAGAAGAAGAAGAUGAGCAAGUCCAAUGGGGAUGGCCCUGACAUCAACAAGGCUUCCAAGCAAUCCUUCAAACCUUCCAACGACGCCGUUUUCAAGCCCAAACCCCAACAACCCCUUCAACUCGAAGACGACGAAGUCCCUGACUUUCCCAGAGGUGGUGGGAGUUCUUUGAGCCAGCAAGAGCGCGAAGAAAUCUACGCCGAAGUCGAUGCGGAGUUCGAGGCCGAGCAGCGGGGGUUGAAGAAGAGGAAGAAGGGGGGUAAAAGGGUGACGAGGAAGGCGGAUGACGAUUUUGGUUCGCUUUUUGGUGAUGGAAUCACUGGAAAACUACCGAGGUUCGCCAAUAAGAUCACAUUCAAGAAUAUUUCUCCUGGAAUGAAGCUAUGGGGAGUCAUUUCUGAAGUAAAUGAGAAGGACCUUGUAAUCGGUCUGCCCGGGGGCUUACGUGGAUUAGUUCGUAUGCCUGAUGCUUUGGAUCCUGAUGUAAAAAGUGAAAUUACGGACAUAGAAAGUAAUAUUCUUCCUAGCCGAUUCCAUGUUGGGCAGCUGGUUUCUUGCAUUGUAUUGCGGCUUGAUGAUGAUAAGAAAGAGAAAGGGAAACCGAAAAUCUGGCUUUCUUUGCGUCUUUCUUUACUACACAAGGGUUUCACCUUGGAUGCUGUUCAAGAAGGGAUGGUUCUUACUGCAUAUGUUAAAAGCAUUGAAGAUCAUGGUUAUACUCUUCAUUUUGGAUCGCCUUCUUUCUCGGGGUUUUUGUUAAAAAAUGACCAAGCUGUAAGUGGGGAGAUUGAAGUAAAAAUUGGGCAACUUCUUCAAGGGGUUGUUGGCAGAAUCGAUAAAGUUCAUAAAGUUAUUUAUCUGAGUUGUGACUUGGAUACAGUGUCUAAAUGUGUGACCAAGGAUCUUAAGGGUAUUUCAAUUGAUCUUCUCGUUCCAGGCAUGAUGGUUAAUGCUCGCGUACAGUCAACUCUUGAAAAUGGUGUUAUGUUAUCAUUCCUUACUUAUUUCACUGGAACUGUUGAUUUAUUUCAUUUGCAAAAUAGUUACCCUAAUUCACACUGGAAGGAUGACUACAACAAAAAUAAAAAGGUUAAUGCUCGGAUAUUAUUUAUUGAUCCCUCAACUAGAGCUAUUGGUUUGACUCUGAAUUCACAUCUUGUUCAUAACAAGGCUCCUCCUUCACAUGUUAAAACUGGAGAUAUAUAUGACAACUCAAAAGUAGUCAGGGUUGAUAAAGGAUGGGGACUUCUACUUGAAAUACAAUCUAUUCCAGUUUCUACUCCAGCAUACGUUAGUAUAUCUGAUGUGGCUGAAGAGGAAGUCCGUAAACUUGAAAAAAAGUUUAAGGAAGGGAGUCAUGUUCGUGUUAGAGUUCUAGGGUUUAGGCAUCUGGAAGGACUUGCUACAGGGAUUUUGAAGGCUGGGGCAUUGGAGGACCCUGUAUUUACCCACUCUGAUGUCAAGCCUGGGAUGGUUGUGCGAGCAAAAAUUAUUGCUGUUGACAGCUUCGGUGCUAUUGUGCAAUUUCCUGGGGGUGUGAAGGCACUUUGUCCUGUCCAGCACAUGUCUGAAUUUGAAAUUGCAAAGCCUGGCAAAAAGUUUAAGGUUGGAGCUGAGCUGGUAUUCCGUGUGCUCGGCUGCAAAUCCAAGAGAAUAACUGUCACACACAAGAAAACACUUGUGAAAUCAAAGCUUGGGAUUCUUAGUUCUUAUGCUGAUGCAACUGAUGGAUUAAUAACACAUGGAUGGAUAACAAAGAUUGAGAAACAUGGAUGCUUUAUCCGUUUCUACAAUGGAGUCCAAGGAUUUGCUCCCAGAUCUGAACUCGGAUUAGAACCAGGAUGUGACCCUAGUACAAUGUAUCAUGUUGGACAAGUUGUCAAAUGUCGAAUAACGAGUUCACUUCCUGCUUCGCGGAGGAUCAACCUCAGUUUCAUAAUAAAACCUUCAAGGGUUUCUGAAGAGGAUAUGGUCAAGUUAGGUAGCCUUAUUUCUGCAGUUGUUGACAGAGUAACCACCAAUGGUGUUAUAGUCUAUGUAAAUGCAAAAGGUUACUCGAAGGGUACAAUUCCUACUGAGCAUUUAGCAGAUCACCAUGGGCAUGCUACUUUGAUGAAGUCAGUCUUGAAGCCAGGAUAUGAGUUUGAUCAACUGCUGGUACUAGAUAUUAGUGGCAACAAUUUGGUACUAUCCGCAAAACAUUCUCUGAUAAAUUUAGCUAAGCAGCUUCCUUUGGAUAUCAGUCAGAUUCAUCACAACACAGUAAUCCAUGGCUACAUUUGUAACUUAAUUGAAACGGGUUGCUUUGUCCGCUAUCUUGGGCGUUUGACUGGUUUCUCUCCUAGAAACAAGGCAACAGAUGAUCAAAGAGUUGAGCUUUCGGAAUCCUUUUACAUUGGACAAUCUGUUCGCAGUAAUAUUCUCGAUGUCAAUACUGAAUCAGGUAGAAUAACGGUUUCCCUGAAGCAGUCAUCAUGUUAUUCCACAGAUGCAUCAUUCAUUCAAGAAUACUUUCUGUUGGAUGAGAAGAUUGCUAAAUUGCAAUUGCUGGACACCGGAGGAUCUGAGUUGAAAUGGGCUGAAGGUUUUAGCAUUGGCAAUGUCCUUGAGGGAAAAAUUCAGGAGGCAAAGGAUGUUGGAGUUGUUGUCAGCUUUGAGAAGUAUCAUGAUGUUUUUGGUUUUAUUACACACUAUCAAUUAGGUGGAGCCACUGCGGAAAUAGGCUCAUGUGUUCGAGCCAUAGUGCUUGAUGUUGCUAAGGCAGAACACCUUGUUGAUUUAUCUCUAAAGCCAGAGUUCUUUGAUGACUACAGAGGUGAAAGUUCAAAAAGCCAAUCUCAUAAGAAGAAACGCAAAAGAGAAGCAUCCAAGGACUUGGAAGUGCAUCAAACAGUAAAUGCAAUCGUGGAAAUUGUGAAAGAGAAUUACUUGGUGCUUUCAGUGCCAAAAUGUAAUUAUGCUAUAGGUUAUGCAUCGGUAUCUGACUACAAUACUCAGAAGUUCCCUCGGAACCAAUUUCUGAAUGGACAAAGUGUCAUUGCCACAGUAAUGGCUCUUCCAAGCCCUUCAACAUCUGGGAGGUUGCUUUUGCUUCUUAAUUCUAUGAGUGAAGCCAGUGAGACAUCCAGUUCAAAAAGAGCCAAAAAGAAGUCUAGCUAUAAAGUGGGAUCUCUGGUUCAGGCAGAGAUUACAGAAAUUAAGUCUCUUGAACUAAAAUUGAAAUUUGGAAUUGGUUUUCAUGGAAGAGUACAUAUAACAGAGGUGAAUGAUGAUAAUGUUUUGGAAGAUCCAUUUAGUAACUUUAGGAUUGGGCAAACAGUGACUGCAAGGAUUGUCUCAAAAGCUAAUCGAUCAGAUAAAAGAAACUAUCAAUGGGAGCUGUCCUUGAAACCUAAAAUGCUUACAGGUUCCUCUGACAUAGGGGACAAACUUAUGACUGAAGACGUUGAUUUUUCAAUUGGACAGUGCAUCACUGGCUAUGUGUUUAAAGUGGAUAGUGAAUGGGUCUGGGUUGCUAUAUCUCGAGAUGUGAGAGCUCAAUUAUUUAUUCUUGACAGUGCAUGUGAGCCUAGUGAACUGAAAGAAUUUCAGAAACGCUUUCAAGUGGGGAAAGCUGUUUCCGGACAUGUUUUAAGUAUUAACAAAGAGAAAAAGCUAUUACGAUUGGUUCUAAGUCCAUUUGCUCUCUCUAAAGGACAUGUUAACUGUGAAGAUUUAGAAGUGUAUAAUCAUGUGAAUGAGAAAUGUGGAGCUCAUAUUAAUGAAGGAGAUAUUGUAGGUGGUAGAGUAUCAAAAAUACUUUCUGGUGUCGGUGGAUUGCUCGUGCAAAUUGGUCCUCAAUUGUAUGGUAGAGUUCAUUAUAUGGAACUUACAGAGUCAUUGGUGCCUGACCCAUUAUCUGGAUACCAUGAAGGGCAAUUUGUCAAAUGCAAGGUGCUUGAAGUCAGCCGCUCUGUCAAAGGAACCACUCAUGUGGAUUUGUCAUUACGUUUUUCUUUAGAUGGCAUGCCUAGUCAGUCUUCUGCAGAAAUCUCCAACACACUGCAUCCUGCUUGCAAACAUGUUGAAAAGAUUGAGGAACUUCAUCCAAAUAUGGUUGUACAGGGUUAUGUGAAGAAUAUUACAUCAAAAGGAUGUUUCAUUUUGCUCUCCCGGAAGAUUGAUGCCAAAAUUCUCCUCUCAAAUUUAUCUGAUGGGUUUGUUGACAACCCCGAAAAAGAUUUUCCUGUUGGAAAGCUUCUAAUUGGCAGGGUGCUGUCUGUGGAGCCUUUAUCAAAGCGAGUUGAAGUCACCUUGAAGACAUUGGGCGCAAGCAGGGCACGAAAAUCUGAAAUUAAUGAUUUGAGAACUCUCCACAUGGGAGAUAUUAUUUCUGGGAGGAUUAAGCGGAUUGAAUCAUAUGGUUUGUUUAUCACAAUUGACAACACAAAUUUGGUUGGAUUAUGCCAUGUGUCAGAGCUUUCAAAUGAUCAUAUUGACAACAUUGAAACUAAAUACAGAGUCGGUGAGAGUGUGACAGCAAAGAUUUUAAAGGUGGAUGAACAAAGACACAGAAUAUCUCUUGGAAUGAAAAAUGCUUAUAUUGAGGACAAUGAUGAUUUUGAACUACCUUCAAAACAAGAGUCUGAUGAAGCCAUAAGAGAAAAUGGUUCUAGUGAUGACACCAGGUUGGUAACGUUUCCAGGUAGCAGUUUGAUUGGGCUCCAAAAUAUGGAUAUUGAAGGUGAAAAUGGUGACUGCCUGGUUCUUGCACAAGUAGAAUCAAGGGCUUCUAUUCCUCCACUUGAGGUCAGUCUUGAUGACAUAGAUCAACCUGAUAUGGAUAAUUUAGUCAGUUCAAAUCAAGCGCAAAUUGAUGAGGCAGACACCAUAAAUGAAAAGAACAAGAGACGCCCCAAGAAAAAAGCGAAGGAGGAGAGGGAGCAAGAAAUUAGGGCUGCUGAGGAAAGACUACUAGAGAACGAUAUACCAAGAACUGCUGAUGAAUUUGAGAAACUGGUUAGAAGCUCUCCUAAUAGCAGUUUUGUUUGGAUAAAGUACAUGGCCUUCAUGCUCUCUAUGGCCGAUGUCGAGAAAGCCCGUUCUAUUGCUGAAAGAGCUUUGCAGAUAAUUAACAUUCGAGAAGAGAAUGAGAAGCUCAAUAUUUGGGUGGCUUAUUUUAAUUUGGAAAAUGAAUAUGGAAAUCCUCCAGAGGAGGCUGUUAGGAAAGUAUUCCAAAGAGCUUUGCAGUAUAACGAUCCCAAAAAGGUCCAUCUAGCACUCCUGGGAAUGUAUGAGAGGACUGAGCAACAUAAAUUAACUGAUGAGCUUCUUGACAAAAUGGUCAAGAAGUACAAGCAUUCCUGCAAGGUUUGGUUAAGACGGGUGCAAAGGAUCUUGAAGCAAACACAGGAUGCGAUCCAGCCUGUUGUGAAUCGUGCUUUAUUAAGCCUUCCCCGGCAUAAGCAUAUCAAGUUCAUCUCACAGACAGCUAUCCUUGAAUUCAAAUGCGGGGUUCCUGACAGAGGACGGUCCAUGUUUGAAGGAAUUUUGCGGGAGUACCCAAAGAGAACAGACUUGUGGAGCAUCUAUCUUGAUCAAGAGAUUCGGCUUGGAGAUGUGGAUGUGAUACGUGCACUCUUUGAGAGGGCAAUCAGUUUGAGCCUCCCGACUAAAAAGAUGAAAUUCUUAUUCAAGAAGUAUCUUGAGUAUGAGAAGUCUCAUGGGGAUGAAGAAAGGAUUGAAUCUGUAAAAAGAAAGGCAAUGGAAUACGUUGAGAGUACAUUGGCUUGAUUUUUAUGAGCUUCUCAAUUCUGCUGAGUUUCAAUUUUCAACUUUUUAAGCAUACUGGAGUUUUGAUCUCGAAAGGGGGCUGGUUAGUGCUUGUAGAGAUUUGAUUAGAAGACAAUGCGAUUGCUACAUUUCCCUUAUCCAAGAGGGAAAUUGUUGUGCCGACUGGCUGUCCCCGUAGGCUUCGCCUAUUUUUGAUAUUCCUCAACAAGGCUGAUGACAGGGCUUACGAAAUGCUUGCAUUGGGGUUACUCGGCUCUUUUUGGUACGUUUGGAGUUGGUAGUAACUUGGGACAAGCCCACCAAUUAAACUAGAAAAAAAAAAGAGGAAAAACGAAUUUGUUGUUUACCAUGUACAGUCCAAAGAUAUUAAUAGAUUUAUUAGUCUCAUCACACUAUACGCAUGUGCAGAGGCAUUUUCAUGAAAUUAAUAUUUUCCUCUCUUGGUCUGAUAUUGUGAGAGCCCUCUUGAUUUGUAAUUCAAUAAAUAAAUAGAUUCGUUCUAUUCAAUUUGUUUAGCUAUAUAAGCAGUUUAUUAUCAACAA